AUGACUUCCUCCAGUCCCGACCAGCGCCUGGAUCACCUCCUGAGCGCAGUGGAAAGCGAGUUUCAGAAGGGUAGCGAGAAAGGUGACGCGUCGGAGCGGGAUAUUAAACUUUCGCUUGAGGAUGCGGAGUUAUGGACCAAAUUUAAAGAGCUCACCAAUGAAAUGAUCGUCACCAAGACUGGGAGACGGAUGUUUCCCGUGCUCAGAGCCAAUGUCGCAGGCCUCGACCCUAACGCCAUGUACUCGGUUCUGCUGGACUUCGUGGCAGCGGAUAAUAACCGGUGGAAAUAUGUGAACGGGGAAUGGGUGCCGGGCGGGAAACCCGAACCUCAGAGCCCAAGCUGCGUCUACAUCCAUCCAGACUCACCCAACUUCGGCGCUCACUGGAUGAAAGCGCCAGUCUCUUUCAGCAAAGUCAAACUCUCUAACAAACUCAACGGAGGAGGACAGAUUAUGUUGAACUCAUUGCACAAAUACGAACCAAGGAUUCACAUAGUGAAAGUUGGAGGGAUUCAGAAAAUGAUCAGCAGCCAGUCUUUCCCUGAGACCCAGUUUAUUGCUGUCACAGCUUAUCAGAAUGAAGAGAUCACAGCUCUGAAGAUCAAGCACAACCCUUUUGCUAAAGCUUUUCUAGAUGCCAAAGAGAGAAGUGACCACAAGGAAGUCCCAGAUCACACUACUGACAAUCAGCAGUCUGGAUACUCACAACUUGGCGGCUGGUUCUUGCCCAGUAAUGGCCCUAUGGGUCCUAGCAGUAGCCCUCCUCAAUUUAGCGCGGCUCCUGUUCACUCUUCUGGGUCCUACUGCGAACGAUACUCUAGCUUGAGGAACCACAGAGCUGCUCCAUAUCCCAGCCAUUACCCCCAUCGCAGCACUACAACCAAUAACUACAUCGACAAUUCUUCAGGAAAUCUCACCUCUCAUGAUAGCUGGUCAGCUCUGCAGAUACCUAACUCAAGUGGGAUGGGAACCCUAGCCCACACCACCAACACUAGCUCUAACAGUCAGUACCCAAGUUUGUGGUCUGUUGCGGGGACAACCCUCACCCCCUCUGGGUCAGCGUCUGGGUCCAUCACAGGCGGGCUGACAUCUCAGUUUCUGCGCGGCUCUUCGGUGUCCUACUCCGGGCUUACUUCCUCUCUGCCUGUGUCCUCUCCCUCUUCUAUGUACGAUCCAGGCCUGAGUGAAGUUGGAGAUGCCCAGUUCGAGAGCUCCAUCGCCAGGCUUACAGCCUCCUGGGCACCUGUGGCACAAAGCUACUGA